GCCCGAUGUGAAAUCCACCGUCUCCAUCAAGAUCUUUACGCGCUCCAGGAGAGUGGCGAUCGUGCCAGUCAGACCAGCCAGUCAGCUCUUCGACGUGCUGAGGCAGAACGAGAUCGUGUAUUGGCCGACCUAUCACGCGUGACUACUGAAAGAGACGGAUUAAUAUCAAAGUACAAAAAAAUAUGUGAUAGUGCUGACGCCGAUCAUGACCGACUGACCAGCCAGCUUAAUCAGCUCGAGCGUAGUAUGACCCAGAUCGUGGCUGAGAAAGAUGAAGUCGUUCGUCGUGCAACGGAUUUACGCCAACGCUUGGAGGAACAAUACGCUCGACAAAGGCAGCUUGAAAAUAGUCUGGAAGAACGGCAGACACAAUAUAAGAAAUCAGCAGAGGAAACUUCCAUGCUCCGAAUCGAACUCCAAGAACAACGACGUAAACUGGAAGAGAAGACGAGGGAUCACAUCGAGCUAUCACAGCAAGCACAAAUUUUGGAAACAGAAAUUGAAAGGAUGGGGCAGCGAAAUGAUGAAUGUGAAACCAGAUUGAAUCGUUCACAAGAGGAAAAUGUACAGCUUAAAUCUCAGGUGGAUCAGUUGCAAGACGAGAUAAAGCGAUUACAGUACAAUGCUGAACUAAACGAGGCGGAUCGCUCAGAACUUUUGAAGCAGUUGCGAAGGCUGGAGAAACGUGUGCAAGUGUUGAAUGCAGAAUGUGAUCGUUUUGGACAGCAAGCAACUUCUGCAAACGACCAGCUAGUUGCUUUGCAGGAAAAAAUCAGCAUGGCUGAGCAUGACAGUGCAGAGAAUCUGAAAAAAUACCAGAUGGAAAAACUGUCUACGGAAAAACUGCAGGAACGGUUGGAUGCUAUGACACAGAGCAAAGGAGCAGCGGAACGUAGAUGCGAUUGGUACGAACGGCAGUUUGCUGAGACGCAGAAUCUACUGGCUCAGACGGAAAGUCAGCUCUCAGCAGAGAAGGAUGGUAAUAAGUGGUUUACGGAAGCCAACGAAAAACUGACACAAGACAACGAAACACUGAGGGCCACAGUUGAGCUGGCAAACAAGGAUAAGGUGCACUUAGAAUCAUGCAUCGAAGACAUGACCAACAAGAAUCGUCAAAUUAUUCGGGAACGUGAUGAACUUGUACAGCGUUCGGCCAACCUCCGUGAACGACUGUUGGAAACUGAGGACAACCUAAAGCAAACCGAACAAGAGUUGAAGCGUAGCAACGACUCUUUGCGGAAUGAACGCAACACCAUGACAGAUAUGCAGCAGCAACUGGAGCAAAUGCGACGCCGUGCUGAAACCGCCGAACGAGACGGCGCUGAGAUAUCCAUUCGCCUGCGAGACUGUGAGGAGCAGUUGCGUAAGUCCGAGUCCAGAGUGGUUCUACUAGACCGAGACUUACGUGCCGAACGAGAGGACUAUGAUCAGUUACGGCUACGUCUUGAGACAACAGAUGAUGAAAGAAGGAACUUGGAGAUGGCACUACGUGACACCAGCCAGCGUCUGUCCCAUCUGGAGGUCGAUUUGACCACACGGACACGCGAAGUAAAUGAACUUCGUGCAGCCAACGAAGAUUCCAAUCGAGCCUUCAGUCGGACGCAAGAAGCUUUGGCAAACAAAUCGACCGAGCUGGCAAACACCAAAGGUGAACUGUCGGCUACUCAGUCUAGCCUAGCCGAAAUUCGGCGACUUCUCGAGGCUGAAAAACAGGAAAGCGGGCGACUGCGGGAUGACUUAAACAGACUGACCAAAGAAACGCAGAAAUUACAAUCGGAGCUCCGGGAGGUGAAUGAAGAGCGGGAUGAAUUGGAUCAACGGACCGCGGGUUAUCUGAAUGAAAUAGCGCGACUUGAGCGGACCAUGAAUGAAAGAGACGCCGAAUGUGGUAAACUAAUGGAUCAGUUGCGAAGCGUCGCGGAAGAUGCUGAAUCGUGGAGAUCCAGAUGGGAAAAUGCAGAGAACAAACUGACGAACGUUCGCAUUGAACUGGAAGAACGUGAGGCUGAGUUGGCAGCAGAACGUGAGAGAGCUGACACUCGUGAGAGGGACUUAGUUCACUUACGUGCAACAUUAAAUUCAACGGAAAUGCAGUAUGGUUCGACAUCGCGUGCACUCAGCGAAUCGACGGAGAAACUGCAACUCGCCAGGGCUGAGAUCGAAACGGUCAACGCAGAGUUGAGCCGCUUACGCGAAAACGUUACUCGGUUGGAGAGCGAAAAAUCUACGUUGCAGAGGGAAGCAACAAGCUUGCGCAUCGAAAAAGACCAAAUGCGAGCACAACUGGACGAUGUAGAGAUGGAGUUGGAUCAGCUCAAAGAACAGCUGGAACAAGAGAAAUCUGUCUCCCGCCACCUGCAAAAUAAUUUGCAGGCCUCCAGACAAAAAGAACAAGGUGUCCUCCAGGAGUUACAAGAGAAGUCAACCGAAGUUUCCGCUUUAAAAGAAAGAAUUACCAACGUGGAAGACCGUUCAGAAGCAUUACAGCGAGAAAGCGAACGUCUUCGUGAACGUCUUUCCGAAGCAGAGCGUGAAGCCAAUCGGUUAUCAAGGAGUCUGUCAGCCGAACGUUUUGAAAAGGAGCGUGCACUGUCCGAGUUGCGACUCAGCACACUGCCAGCUGUCUACCGCCCAUCUGGCUACACCAGGUAA